AUGUCUAAAUACGACACGGAGCUCAAAGACUUCCCCAACAUCUUCUCUCUCAAGGGCAAAGUUGUGGUAGUCACAGGAGGCAGCAGAGGAUUAGGUCUUCACGCGGCAUCAGGUUUCCUCCAAGCAGGCGCAUCAAAAGUAUACAUAACAUCACGCAAAGCCUCUGCUUGUAACGAAGCUGUUGAAGCCCUCAAUGCGCUACCAAAUCUCUCUCCGGGUGCAAAGGCAAUCGCAGUCCCCGCUGAUAGCGCAAAGUUUUCCGGCGUAGAGCAUCUCGUGAAGGAAGUAAGCAAGACGACGGACCAUGUGGAUAUAUUGUUUGCGAAUGCUGGAGCAACCUGGGGUCAAGAAUUUGAUACGCAUCCUGAUGAUGCAUUCGCCAAGGUUAUGGAUUUGAAUGUUAAAAGUGUUUUCAACACUGUUAGACUCUUCGCGCCUUUGCUUCAAAAGAAAGGCUCAAUUGAGGACCCAUCUAGAGUUAUAAUUACUGCUUCUGUUGCUGGCAUAGGUGUUGGGACUUUGGGUAAAAAUGCCACUUUUGGAUACUCGGCAUCUAAAGCAGCAGCCAUCCAUCUCACCAAGAAUCUCGCCGUCGAGUUAGGACCAAGGCAUAUACUGGUCAACUCAAUCUCCCCUGGCUUUUUUCCCAGCAAGAUGACCAAUGGACUACUAGAUCUGAGCGGUGGCGCAGACACCAUUGCUGCCAAAAAUCCAAGUUUGAAAUUGGGAAAGCCGGAAGAUAUCGCAGGUCUGGUCGUAUUUUUGUCGAGUAGAGCCAGCUCACAUAUCAAUGGAGCAAAUGUCGUCGUUGACGGUGGCGAGGUCCUGUCAAGAGGUGGUAUGGUGACUUCAAUGCAAGGAGAAAAAGCGAAGCUUUAG